AUAUCUCAGAAGGGCAUCUAAUGUUAUCCCCGGAUUGUGAAAUAAAAGAUAAUGACAGUAUACAGGAUUCUCCAGGAGAUAACCCCAUUACCCCAAUUAUACAUCCAGCUCUAUCAGCUGAUCCCUCUGAUCCUGGGGAAUGUUCUCCUGAUCACUCUGAUAUUGGUGCAUCUGUUACAGCUCUAACAGUAGAUACAGUGUUUCUCUGUUUUAUAGAUGCCAAAUGUUUUACACAGAACACAAAGCUUAUUACCCAUCAGACAGGUAGGACAGGGGAGAGGUCAUUUCCAUGUUCUGAGUGUGGAAAAUGUUUUACCUGGAAAUCACAACUUGAUAUACAUCAGAGAAGUCACACAGGUGAGAAGCCAUUUCCAUGUUCUGAGUGUGAGAAAUGUUUUGCACGCAAAUCAGAUCUUGUUAUGCAUCACAGAAGUCACACAGGUGAGAAGCCAUUUUCUUGCUCUGAGUGCGGGAAAUGUUUUAUCCGGAAAUCACAACUUGUUAUACAUCAGAGAAGUCACACAGGUGAGAGGCCAUUUCCAUGUUCUGAGUGUGGGAAAUAUUUUGCACACAAAUCAGAUCUUGUUAUACAUAAGAGAAGUCACACAGGUGAGAAGCCAUUUUCUUGCUCUGAAUGCGGGAAAUGUUUUGCACAGAAAUCACAACUUGCUAGACAUCACAGAAGUCACACAGGUGAGAGGCCAUUUUCUUGCUCUGAGUGCGGGAAAACCUUUGCCCACAAAUCACAUCUUGUUACACAUCAGCGAAGUCACACAAGUGAGAAGCCACUUCCAUGGUCUGAGAAAUAAAUCCGCUCUUGUUGCACGCAAUGGACAUCACUCAGGUGAGGAACCAUUUUAGUCUUCUGGAUUAUACUAAUUGCCAUGCGUUGUUCUUUAAGGUUCUUAUCCUAUCUCCUAUGAUUUUUGCAAUAUACAUGCUACCACUGGGUAUAAUAAUCAGACGUCAUGUCCUCAUCUACCACUGCUAUACAGAUGACCUGUCUCUUGCUCCGGGUACUGAGAACCCAGUACCAAUCCUAAAUGGUUGUCUAGCUGAGCUCCAGGUGUGGGUGAUGCCAGUUGGCUGUGACUCAGUCCUUGUGAAACAGGUCCAUAUAGUAGAAGCUCACCAACAAAGGGCAGGGCUACAGCUCAGCUUUGUUACCAACCAGACUUACACUUGUGGGUUCCGAGUUACAAAAUGCUGAUCCUGUGCAGAAUCUUGGUGUCCUGGAUGGUGGAGUGACACUUAGACAUCAGGUAUCAGCCACAAUCAGAGCCUCAUCUGAGGAACAUAGCCAGACUCCAGCACUUAAUUCCCUUAGAAGAUCUACCUACAGUCAUACAUGUACUUGUAGCAUCACGCAUAGACUACUGCAAUGGCCUCUACCUGGGUCUCCCAGCAAAAGAAUUGUACUGCUUGUAGCUUGUACAGAAUGCAGCAGCCAGGCUGUUACCUAACCAGCCCGUUCCUGCCACAUAACACCCAUUCUUUGCUCCCUUCACUGGCUGCCUGUAAGAUGGUGACUCUGGGCCUUACUCAGGUUGGAUUGCAGUGUGUGAUCCAAAAGGAAUUAUUGAGAAAAAGUUGCGGACGCAUGCGCAGCACCCAUCUUGCGCAUGCGCCUGCAUUCUCUACGUGGGGGCUGCAGACAAUGCGAUUACUUGUUCAUCAGGCAGAGGCGGUCACGGGGUGUGGGCAAUGCACCAUUUCCAGAGAAGAUAGAGCAUUGCAAGUGUGGUGCGGCGAGAAAGGGAAGCGGACAAGCAGACGUGAUCACGGUGGCAUCACACGCAGCCAUCGCAAUCGAGAAGAAUGCGGUAGGUAUCCUGCAGGUACAGCUAAGCUGGCAGGAUGCUUCACUAAUUUCUAAGAUGAAGCAGAAAUUGUGAAGCGAUCGCAAUUUCUGCUUCAAGGGUGGAGGCGUCAGUCAGCAUGUUAGGCGGCCUCGCCCUGUGAUGGGCGGCUCCCUGCACGAUAGAAGAAAGGAUUGCUAAUUAGCAGCAUCUGCUAUCCUUUCUGACUUACUGUAGGCCCCCAUACAGAAUCUUACUGACUCUCCCAGCCCUACAUGACCAAGGUCCAUGUACCAGAAUUAGCUUCUGCCUCCUUACUAACUUACUGUAGGCCCCUAUUACAGAAUCUUACUGACACUCCUAGCCCUACAUGACCAGGGUCCAUGUACCAGAAGCAGCUUCUUCCUCCUUACUGACUUACUGUAGGCCCCUAUUACACAAUCUUACUGACUCUCACAGCCCUACAUGACCAGGGUCCAUGUACCAGAAGCAGCUUCUGCCUCCUUACUGACUUACUGUAGGCCCCUAUAACAGAAUCUUACUGACUCUCCCAGCUGUACAUGACCAGGGUCCAUGUACCAGAAGCAGCUUCUGCCUCCUUACUGACUUACUGUAGGCCCCUAUUACAUAAUCUUACUGACUCUCCUAGCCCUACAUAACCAGGGUC